AUUCAAAAUGGAGACAACCAUUCGCAAUUCUUUGAAUUCACAUUAUUUUUCUGUUGCUUUUCUUAUUAUUCCAAAGUUUUUCGCAUCAACGAACACCUUCAAUUAUUCAUAAUUAUCGCAUUGAGGAGCUGUCAACCAAGUAACCAUUCUGAUUACUCUGAUUAUCUUGGUGUUGAUGAAAUAACCUGUGGCUUUUAGAGAUUUCUCCACCACCAAAACAAAAGUAAAAAACAAAAAUGCCACGACGCAAAAAUCACCCGGUGAAGGUAGCAAUUGGGGAGGACACGAGGAUAGCUGUUAAUUUAACUGUGAAAAAAUUGAUGGACUCCCCUGAUCAGAAGGAGCUGGAGUUUCCCUCGUCUUACACAGCUGAGGAGAGGGCUUAUAUUCAUGAUUUGGCAGCCCAGCUCGGAUUGAAAUCCAAAAGUCGAGGGAAAGGAGCUAGUAGAUUCCUUACAGUUUACAAACGCGAGGGUUCAACAAUAAUCCAGUCGGACGCAUCAAUAACGCUAAACAAGCAGUCUAAACAGACAAUGUUGAAUUUAAUCCAGAACUUUCCCUUAAACAACAAAGAGAGACAGGAUUUGCUGCCUCCGACCGAGCGAGAACGUACGAUGGACAACGAGAUAACCACAACUACAAAAGCAAUGGGCAGGCUGAAUGGCACGAUAGCUCAGGUGCCUCAGCUGCGAACGAAUCAGGAUCUAGUUCAGCUGCGGAGGAGCCUAACGGUGUUCAACGCUCGUGAGAAGAUCCUCGAGGCCCUUAACUCGAGCCAAGUGGUAAUAAUAGCUGGUGAGACUGGCUCGGGGAAGACAACACAAGUUCCACAGUAUAUUCUUGAGCAUUGCCAGCUGAAGAAUCAGGCCUGCAGGAUAGUUUGCACCCAGCCAAGACGUCUGUCAGCUGUUUCAGUUGCUGAAAGAGUCGCCUUCGAGCGUAACGAGAAGAUUGGACAGACUUUUGGUUAUCAAAUACGACUGGAGAGUCGAGUAGCGCCGAAAACCCUCUUGACGUACUGUACAAAUGGAGUUCUCUUGAGAACAUUAAUGGGAGGUGACGCGGCUCUGGGAACAAUAACUCACGUAAUCGUUGACGAGAUCCACGAACGCGAUCGUUUCUGUGAUUUUCUCCUGAUCGCCCUCAAGGAAGCUCUCGUCAAGUAUAGAUCCCUGAAGCUCAUCCUGAUGAGUGCAACAAUGGACACAAAUAUCUUCGUCAAGUACUUCACCCAAUGCAGUGUUAUAAACGUUCCAGGAAGGUCCUACGAAGUUGACGUAUACUUUCUGGAAGACGUCCUCAAGAUCACUGGUUUCACAACAGACAAAAUGCUUGAGAAACGAAAAGAAUUGAUAAACAAACAGGAACAGAGAAAAGUUCUGGACUCGUGGACCCAGUACGCCCCUCAGCAGCUUGGACGAGUACCAGCUAAUGGCAAGGCCCCAGUGCCAUCACCAAUCUUGGGUCAGCAGACUGAAACCCAGCCGGAGAGGGUUGAGCUGGAGCCCUGGUUGAGGGAGGAAAUGGACAAGAGUAUUUCAGAUUCAUGGCUGAUCGGUGGAGAAGACAAUUUUUCUCAGUUACUUCACCUGAUUCUGUCUGAGAAUAUUUCUGUCGAUUAUCAGCACACAAACACCCUCGUGACACCCCUGAUGGUGGCAGCUGGACGAGGCUGCAUCAACACCACUGAACAACUUCUCAAUUUAGGAGCAAAUCUCAAUAUUCGAGCCAGCAACGAGUGGACAGCCCUCGAUUGGGCGAAGAAGAUGAAUCAGAUCGAGUGUGCUGAGCUCAUUGAAGCAUAUCUGAAGACCUACGACUGCAAACUUGAAGACUCUGGAGUUCAGAAUGCCGACGCACCCCUCUCAGAAGAAGACAAAUUUCUCCUCGAAAUUUAUCACAAUACAUUCAGCGAUGAUGCUAUUAAUUACGAUCUUCUGUUCGUCCUGAUUCAGUACAUUCACACGCAACAGCCCUCAGGAUCGAUCCUCGUGUUCCUCCCAGGGUACGACGACAUCGUCACCAUGAGGGACAGGCUAAGCGUUGAAGAGAAGAGGAUGAGUCAGACAAUGCUCUACGAAUUAUUCAUCCUCCAUUCCAAUAUGCAGACAGCUGAUCAGAAACGAGUAUUUCGGCCGAGCCUCCCGGAAUGUAGAAAAAUCAUUCUGUCCACGAAUAUCGCUGAGACUAGCAUAACGAUAGAUGACGUUGUCUACGUGAUAGACUGUGGAAAAGUGAAGGAGAAGUCAUUCGACGCGAUCUCAAAUGUUUGCACCCUGAGGUCCGAUUGGAUAUCCCAGGCCUGUGCUAAACAACGAAUGGGCAGAGCUGGUAGAUGCCAGAAGGGUAUCUGCUACAGGCUCUUCUCCUCAAUUCGUUACAACAGCAUGCAGGUUUAUUCAACCCCAGAAAUCCUACGACUACCUCUUCAAGAAUUGUGCCUGUUCACCAAGCACUUGGCCCCAGGCAACACACCCAUUGCUGAGUACCUCGACAGAGCUCUCGAGCCCCCAUCGAACGUCGUAACCAGAAAUGCUGUUCAGUUACUGAAGUCCAUUGAUGCUCUUGAUGCCUGGGAGGACCUGACAGAGCUUGGUACUCAUCUUCUGGAUCUUCCGGUGGAGCCUAGACUUGGAAAAAUGUUGCUUUAUGCUGUUGUCCUCAAGUGUUUGGAUCCAAUCCUCACCAUUGUCUGCAGUCUUGCUUAUAAGGAUCCAUUUCUCCUGCCAUCACAGCCCUCGCAAAGGAGAGCAGCCACAGCUGCCAGGAAAACCCUCGCUGCAGGUUCUUAUUCAGAUCACAUGGCAGUACUCAGGGCCUUUCAACUCUGGCAGCAGGCCAGGUCCACUGGGUGGGAGAGAAAAUUCUGUGAGAAGAAUUUUAUAUCCUCAGCUGUGAUGGAGAUGAUCACUGGGAUGAGAUCUCAACUGCUCGGGCAGCUCAGAGCCUCUGGUUUUGUGAAGGCCAGGGGCUCUGGUGAUAUCAGGGAUCUGAAUUGGAAUUCUGAAAACUGGGGGGUUGUCAAGGCUGCACUCACUGCUGGACUGUAUCCCAAUUUGAUGAGGGUGGACAGGAAGCAUGGACAGUUGAGAACACAGAAGGAGUCCAAAGUCUUCUUUCAUCCAUCCUCGACGUUGAAAGAAUUCACAAAGUCAACUAGGACCACAUCUGCCCAGUCGCACUCAGCGAGUGUUCACACACUGCCAUCUGAUUGGCUGAUUUAUGAGGAGAUGAGCAGAGUUGGACGAUUCUGUCAUGUUAAGACUGUAACUCUAGUCAAUCCUAUUACUGUCGCUCUAUUUAGUGGACCUGCUAGGCUGGCAAUGGAUACUAUUUAUGAGACGGAGUCUGUACCUGAGAGUGAAUCGGAUUCUGAAGCUGAGGAGACACGGGAAGGCAUGACUAUUCUUAAAUUGGAUGACUGGGUUGUCUUCAAGCUUGAUUUUGAGACAGCCAGGCUUAUUCUGCAUCUCAGACAGAAGUGGAAUGCCCUCUUCCUGAGGAGAAUGAAGAAUCCCACGAGGAGUAUGACAACACUCGAUGAUCAGGUUGUCAAGGCCAUGGUUUCUGUCAUCAGCAAUGCUGAACAGUCUUGUGAAUUACCACAGCCUCCUGGCAUUGGACAGAGACCUAGACCACUAAUUGUUGAUUAUUAUCCUGCCAAUGCGAGGAGAAGUGAUGAUGAGGAUAGAACUUACUAGGGAAUUUUCACCUCGAUACGGGACAUUUUCUACUAAAACAGCUUAUUUGUCAUUUUCAGCGCCUUUUUGUUGUUGUGGGAUAUUAUCAGUAUUUUACGUUCCGAUGAUUGCUGUCAGGAUUGUGAGGAAUGAAAUUUUAUAGUUUUAGUUUGACCUGCUGCAAGACACUUGGGGUUGUACGAGAUUUUUUUUUCUGUUCUUAAAGGGAAAUUUCAUUAAAAAUGUAGCAUUCGUUUUUUUUAAUUUGUUAAUAGACUAUUGGCCUGUCUACUGGACUGAUUUUCAGAAUAUGCAUCAAAUACUUUUUAUUCAAUUUUCGUACUUCAUUAUUUCGAUAGAGAAAUAAAUUUGCCUGCAAAACUAAACUUGUUGAUUUUAUUUUUUUUAUUAAUCAAUUUAAUCACGAGUAAGUUAGCUGUAAGCUGAAUGCAAUGAAUAGGCUGUGCUAAGUAGGAUUAUGAGUGUCUCUUGUUCACUCCAUUAACUAUUAAAAUUAAUAUUUUAUUAUUGGAGGAUUGAUGGCAGUCAUGGCAUGCGUUGUUCAUGAACCAUUACAUCGUAACAAUGUCAUUCACUAUCAGUUUUACAAUAUUUUACUUCUGUCUGUGAAUCCCAAGGUCUGUGAUGAAUGUACCAGAAAUAAGGAGAAUAUCCCAGUUUGUUCCCACGGAUGAUUUCUAUAAUUUUUGUUUCCAUUUUUGUUUAUGAUUAGGAUUAAAUAUUUUAUUUCAGUUCGUUUUGAGUUUUGGAAAGGUUACUCAAUUGUUUCAUAAAACAUAAAAUGCUGUUUAUAUACAAUACAUUUCAUGAGUGUAAAUGGUACUACAAUAAAAAGACAAUGGCAGUAAAAA